AUGCAGGACCCUGAUCCUCCACAUGAAUUCAGCACCCCAUCGUGGCUGAGUCGUUCGCCAUUCGGACUCGACGACGACCACCAUCUUAUGCUCUGCUGCACCUCCAGACAGGACGUAAGCUCUUGGACCGACACCAUGGCCUCCAAGCGUCAGAUCCUGAAACGCGCGGCGUUGCUGCCGUUCCACUGCCAGAUUGUCAAUUCGCUCGUCCCAGCAGAGGACGACAGUCCGGACGAAGGUGACGCGCUAGUCAUCAUUGCCCGAGGGCUCGGGCUGCGUAGGAUCGUCAGUACGGUGCUGCGCAUAUACGAUUCUCCGAACAGCCUUGUGAUUCUCGUCAAUGCCACGUCCGAGGAGGAAAGCGGGAUCGGCGAAGAGCUGACGACGCUCGGGGUUCGCAAACCAGGGCUCCGUGCGAUCCACCACGAGAUGCCAGCCAAGCAACGGUCCGAGAUGUACCUGUCUGGCGGAAUCAUGAGCGUCACAUCGCGAAUCCUCGUGGUCGACAUGCUCAGCAAGAGGAUCCCCACUGCACUCAUUACCGGAUUGGUCGUGCUUCACGCCGAGAAAGUUACGCCCACCUCGGUAGAAGCCUUCAUCGCACGCAUCUAUCGCCAGGAGAACAAAGAGGGCUUCAUGAAGGCCUUCUCCGACAAUCCCGAACACUUCACCAUGGGCAUCAGUCCUCUUCAGACGGUACUCAGCCAGCUGAGAAUCCGAAAAGUCGAGCUGUGGCCGCGCUUCCACCAACAAACGAGCAAAGACCUGGGCCAACGCAAGGCAGACGUGAUCGAGCUUCAUCAGCCCUUGAGCCGAUCGAUGCGCAACAUCCAGACGGCCAUCAUAGAGUGUCUCGAUGCAUCUCUGUCGGAACUCAAACGCGGCAAUGCCAAUGUCGAGACGGACGACUUCUCCAUUGAACACGCGAUAUUUCGCGCGUUCGACGUCAUGGUGCGAAGGCAGCUCGAUCCAAUAUGGCACCGAGUCAGCGCAAAGACCAAGCAGCUCGUCGGCGACUUGACCACUCUUCGCAACCUCCUCAACUAUCUCCUCACCUACGAUUGUGUGACGUUCAACUCCUAUCUCGAGACCAUCCUGGCUUCAAAUACGACCAGCUUGAGGGGCAACGCUCGUCAAAAUCAGUCGGCUUGGCUCUUCAUGGAUGCAGCCAACGUCAUCUUUCACGAAGCCAAGAAGAGGGCGUAUAUCUGGGAUGAGGCCCGCCGCAGACAGGCCAACGACGCGUCCGACGCUCAUUAUGCCGACGACGAGGAAGCAUUGCGGCAGGUCGAGCACGGAGCAGCAGCGCAGUCCGGAGCUCCUGCUCUGGGCCCGAUACCGCCCGAAGUGGAGCCCAUCCUCGAGGAGAAUCCCAAGUGGCAGCUUCUGCAAGAAGUGCUGGACGAAGUUGAGCAAGAGAUCCACUUCACUUCCACAGGUAGGGCCAUGUCCUCUCGAGACUUUGUACACGACACGCUUGCUAACAUUCUUCCCUCAUCUGCAGGCUUGGAGACAGGGAACACAAUUUUGAUCAUGUGUGGCUCGGAGAGGACCAGCAUGCAGUUGCGGCAGAUCAUAGCGACCAUGGACGAGUGCCCUCCUGGGGAACCGGGACAGAAACUACUCCGACAGCUCCUGCGCUCUUACUUCUUAUGGAAAGGCGGUCUUGGCAAGCUGUCGUCCGACCAAGGAGCCUCCAACCAACCCGGCGGAGACUCUCGUAGUGCCCAUUCGUCUACGGCACAAGGAGCAGUCGGAUCGGAUGGACCGGUCAACGAGGCACUGAAGCGAAAGCUAGCAUAUCAGAAAGGUCAGCAGUCCAAUGCGAACAAGCGACGCCGGCAGCGGGGCGGAUCGUCAGCUGCGCAUGCUGGAGGCCGUUUCAGCAGUGCUACCGAUGCCUCCGGCCAAGCUUCUUUCCAAGCAGAAGCAGCGCAGGUGUCCGAAUUCCUGGCUUCAGCAGCAGACAGCAACGAGGCAAGAGCGGCUCUGGCUGAUGCAUCCAUCGAUUCGGAGCAAAUCUCGGACGAUAUCGAUGAGGUCGAGUUUGAUGCAUUCUUCGGAAUGCUGAGCAUGGAGAAUCUGGUUGUGGUGCGCUCGUAUCGAGGCGAUCAGGACGACAAAGUCCUCCAAGAGCUUCGACCCCGCUUCGUGAUAAUGUACGAUCCGGAUCCAGCCUUCGUUCGCCGGGUCGAGGUUUAUCGCAGCACCAAUCCCGGUGUCGGGAUUCGAGUCUACUUUCUCAUAUAUGCGGAUUCCGUCGAGGAGCAGCGUUAUCUCAGCUCUCUCCGAAGGGAAAAGGAAUCGUUCGAACGGCUCAUUCGCGAGAAGUCGAUGAUGGCGCUUCCACUCUCGGCCGACGGGCGACCCAUCGCAGAGGAUGCUGAUCAGCGUUUCUUGCGUACUGUCAGCAGUCGCGUAGCGGGAGGACAACGUUCAGCCACUGCAGAGCCUCCACGCAUCAUCGUCGAUAUGCGCGAGUUCCGAUCGAGUCUGCCAUCGAUGUUGCACGCGGCGGAUAUCCAGGUCAUUCCGUGCACAUUGCAGGUGGGCGACUACGUGUUGACGCCUACGAUGUGUGUGGAACGAAAGAGUCUGACCGACCUGGUGCAAAGCUUCAACUCCGGACGACUGUAUACGCAGUGCGAGCUGAUGUGCGUCCACUAUCAGCACCCGAUCUUGUUGAUCGAGUUCGACCAGGACAAAUCUUUCUCUCUCAAGUCGACCAGCGACGCAAAGCCAGGAGGGCGCGCGACGAGCUCAGAGCUCGACAUCCAGGCCAAGCUGGUGCUGCUAACCUCCUCCUUUCCACGGCUGCGGAUCAUUUGGUCCAGCUCGCCGUUCGCCACCUCGGAUAUCUUUGCGGAGCUCAAGCAAAACUUUGACGAACCAGAUGCGAGCAAGGUUGCGCUUGUCGGCCUCGACGACAUGCUCGAAGCAGAGGGCAACGGCGGCAGUGAUCCGACCAAGCGUGCCGAAUGGCAAUCAUCAGGCGAGCACUCGUACAACCUCGGUCCUCAAGAUUUGCUGCGCGCCUUGCCUGGAGUCACAACCAAGAACUUCCGCUACGUCAUGAGCCAGGUGCGCGACAUCUCGGACCUGUGCAACAUGUCUCAAGAGGAAGUUGGCGAGCUGAUCGGCGUCGAACCGGCGAGGCAGCUGAGUCGGUUUUUGAAUCAGGGGCUGUGA